AUGUGUGUUUGUCAAAUACUGCAAGUGACUAAUUUAUCUCCAUUUUUGUUUUGCAGAGCAAGACUUCAGGUUUUUAAAGUUGGGCCUAGUUUUAAUUGGCAGGUAAAAACUGCAUGCAGUGCUGGCAAAGAAUCCCUGAAAAUUUUAAUGAUGAAUAAAAUAAAACUGUCUGAAAUUAUUUACUGUACUUCUUCGAUCUAUCCCCAGUUUGGCUCCAGUGCAACAGCUAAAUACUGUAGGUGAAAUCUUGUAUUGUGCGCAAUGUUGUUUCUGGUGCAAUCAUCUUGAACCAGAUCCCUCCACAGUUCACUUCAAGAUUGGCAAGUACCCAGGCAUCCUGAUAAUUUGAUUAUGCAAGUUUUCAGUUUUGGAUACCACGUCAUCAUAUAGUGCAUGCACAUACAGUAAUAGAUUGAACUGGGAUAUUAUCAAAUUUUGCAAGUGCCAAUGAAGGAUUAGUGUGGCACCAUGGUAUGGCACGCUUUUGUUAUUGUUUUUAUCUUACCCAAAAUCAACAAAUAAUGGUAAAUUACCUUGUCUGGUAUCUUUCCAAUAAUAUCAGAUAAUACGAAUCAAGGAUUCUCAAAGGCUGGUUUAAAUAUACGACAGAUUACAAAAAAAACGUUUCCAGCAGGAAUUUGAUCCCGCAGUACAAUGGUGUGGUACUAAUCUUUUUGCAUUCUCAAUUUAUUGUUUUCAUGUUAGGGUGCGAAAUAACGGCUGGAGGGUCGCUGGUCAAGGUGACCGUAGGCCGUAUUCCCUGACCGCUUUUCGUUCAGUUUUGUUGCCCCCCUUCGGGCACUACUUUAAAUUCACACGAAUCUAUACAUUUUUAUACGCUGAGUACGAAUUCACUUGUUGUCACUCGCACAAACCUGCAGUUUUUUUGUAUUUUACAAACAUCAACAUAUUUUAUUAAAAUUUCCGCCAUUUUGUUCAGGAAACUUCAUGUUAUAUACAAUUAUUGUACUAGUUCAAGUCUCUUAGCGGGGGGGUUGCACGCGGUAUUACGCAUUUUUAUCAUUCUUCUGAGGAAAAUAUACGUACAGAAAUAAAAAUAUAGAUAUUUUUUCACAAUAUUAAAAUGCAAAAGGUAAUAAUACAUGUUUGUAUAUAAUCAGGAACUAAUCUACUAUUCUUUAUUCCGCCAACUUUUGGGUUUUUGGCCUCACCUUGAUGUGAAAUUGCAAAGACUGUCACUAUAUGGUCUAUAUCCACAAAGACUCACUUGACUUGUCCAGAAUAGAUGGUUUGGCUGAAACUCUCAAACUCAUUAUUUAUGUUAGUCAACAUUUAUUCAUAAAUCUGGUCCUUCAUCCUCAUGUGUGUAUUGUAUUCUUGCCAAAUCCACCUUGUAUUCUUGUAAUUUUCAAUUUACCCUAUUGUUCGAGUUACGGAUAGGUAACUUUCCUAAGACAUAUUUGCUAUUGGUUAGUUGGGCAAAAAUACAGAGACCAGAUUUAUGAAUAAACCAGUGGUGUAACUUUACUUUUUUGACCAUUUGCUCUCAGGGCAAUUAAGUUAAUUGGACAUGAAAAUUAGUUGCCCUGAAUAAAAUUCAUUUGCCAGGGGGUAUAAAUCAAGGGGGCAACAUGUCGACUCAUUCUCUAUGUGGCUAUGUUAUACUGCCUUAGAUCUACCUUAUAAAAAAAUUAUCCGAUAAUGAAAGCCGAGCUUUUUGUGGCAAGAGGCAACUUGCCCAAUCAGGCAAGAUAAAACGUUUACUUGCCUGUCAUGAUAUUCACUUGCCCCGGGCAAGUGUUAAGUUACACCUCUGUAAACGUUGACUAACAUACCUGUAGAUAAUGAGGUAUAUAUAUUGUUGAUAAUGAGGUAUAUAUAUUGUUAUUCUAAUGAGUUUCCAAACCAUCUAUUCUAUUAACUAUGGUAUGUUCCAUUUUCUUGUAUUAUAAUAAAAUUUUUGCUAUCAUGACAUUGAGCUUUGUAAAAAAAACUUUUGGAAGAUGUCUUUCACUUACUUUUGGUCUGUUUAUAUGGAGUUAACCCAGCCUAGAUUAGCCAUAUUUUUUUAAUCACUUUAUUGUUAUUAAAGUAUUUACAUUAGCAAAUGGUAUCUCUCUGAGGGAUAAAACCUUCAAAACUUUAUUGUUGACAAAAAUUUCAGGUAGACAAUACCCAGGAAAAUUGCCUAUUCACAUUGCAAGGCUAAAAUUAUGUACAUAAUUUCAAUAAAUUAAUAAAAUAAACAACUUUACCAAGGACAAGUGAGUCUUUAUGGAUGACAAGAACAGUAGAUUAGUUCCUGAUUAUUUACAAACAUGUAUUAUUACCUUUCGCACUUUAAUAUUGUGGAAACAUAUCUAUAUUUUUAUUUAUUUCUGUAUAUUUUCCUCAGAAGAAUGAUAAAAAAUGCGUAAUACCGCGUGCAACCCCCCUGCUAAGAGACUUAACUAGUACCAUAACUGUAUAUAACAUGAAGUUUCCUGAACAAAAUGGCGGAAAUGUUAAUAAAAAAUGUUGAUGUUUGAUCAACUGCAGGUUUGUGCGAGUGACAACAAGUGAAUUCGAACUCAGGUAUAAAAAUCUAUAGAUUCAUGUAAAUUUAAAGUAGUGCCCGAAGGGGGGCAACAAAAAUCGUUUUCUAAGCGACUUUUGGGGCCAGGGAAUACGGCCUACCGGGCCAAAUCAAUUUUAGCUCGGACAUAUCAAAUUUCUGACCUGUAAAAUUAUUCAGCUUAAUUUACUUUGCUGCCUAGUAAAGUAUACGUCCCUUAAAAAAAUGUGACUAUACAAUUACUUUAUGGUUUGAGUUUCCGUGUUUGGAUGGCCUUAAUCCAAACACGCGGGAAUGUUGCGAGAGUUGAGAAAAGCGCGCGAAACACGAGCCGAAGUUUUAUAAAAUAACAACUUUCCGUGUUAAAAUUUCACUUUAAAAAAACUUUCACUUUAAAUUUCCGUGUUUGGAUGGCCUGAUCCGAACACGGGUUUCGACCAAUCAAAGCACGCGUUAUAUACAUGUUAUUUUAUAAUAUUUUUUCCAGUAGCAUUACAAACUUCACAUAAAAUAGCUUGCAUCGCGAUUUGCGAUAAAAGAGUGCACUGAAGAUGUGCGGAAACCGGCGUCACCUAAACUUAACUGGAACAGCUUGACGAUGAUUUCUAAGCGGUGGUGCGAGGUGAAUGGAACGCUUGGUAAUCAUGUCAACACAAAAGGCCAUUAUUUUGAACUUUAUUUUAGACUUAGUGUUCUCUCUCCUCCGCAGAGCCUCUUUAAGUAUUUACAAAUAACUUACAUGAAGUUUCCUGAAUAAAAGUGAGCGCGCGCGGUGUGAUGGGAAGAUUGAAAUGAAGCCGAGAAGGCUCUGCCGCCUAAUGCGACGAAGUAUGGUUUUUGAACCAAACCAGUUAUUUGACUUUUUUAAACUUGAAAUUGGUGCAAGUAGACAGAAGAAGAUAUUGAUUUAACAAAUAUAAAACAUUUUCCGUGUUGAUAUACAGUUAUAUCAACACGAGUGGAAAUUGGGAAAACGAGAAAUUGUGUGGAAACACGACGCCCGAAGGGCGGAGUGUUUUCACACAAUUUCGAGUUUUCCAAGUUGCAACAAUGUUGAUGGUUCAACAACUUGUUAACAAUAUUGUUCACGGGGUGCAGCACAACAUUGUUCGCUCCUGUUUUGAACAACUUGCAUCAACAUGAUGAUUUUUACGCGUGUUGCAGAGGCUUCCUUUAUUUCACUCUUCCCAUCACUCCUUGUGCGCUCACUUUUCCCCCAUUGGAAACUUCAUGUAAGCCUCUGCGGAAGAGAGAGGUCAGUGUUUAAUUUUAUAUAGUUUUUCUCUAUUUAUUAUUACUGUCGAUGCAAUGGAAGUGUUGAUAAAAUAUUGCACCAAUUCCUUUCCUCAAGUUGAUCAAUUCAUUUGAUAGAAAAUUGAUCAACUUCCUGUUACUUUUAGAUGAGCCAAUUAGAUUUCGUUUCAGAACCGAUUGACCAAUAGGAAACGCAACGCACAGGAAGUAAAAAGAAAUUUGAAUUCGUAUGAAUUGAUCAACUUGAGGAAAUGAAUUCAUGCAAUAUUUUAUCAACACUUCCAUUGCAUCGACAGUAACUGAAGCUGCUUCCCAUCAUUUUGUCCUCAGCUCUCGUUCUCUUAGUCGGAACCCCCCCCCCCCCAUGAGAGACAGGAGAAACAGUCUGCGAUCAAUCAACACUAACGCCGUACAGUUACGUAAGCAGUAUUUUAAAAUUAUCCAAAAAGUGUCAAGUCCAAGAUGGCGGACGCAGAGCAACUAUGAAUUAUUACACAUAACAAUGUAUUUAAUAUUCAAUUUUUGGCGUGAUCACAAAGGAAAGUUUCAACCAAUCAUAUCCCCCCUCCCCGUUGGGCGGGGGAACUGUACGGCAUUAGUGUUGAUUGAUCGCAGACUGUUUCCCUGCUUCACUGUUUCCCUGACUUACGUGACGCUCUUUAAAACGUCAGUAAAUUAAAACAGCUUCGUGUGCACGAACAAAACGUAAUCAAAAUAAUUUUUUUUCUUUAUUCUUUCUUACUGACAUCAUGUGUUCAUGUCGAUUCAAUUUUGUAACAGCUGUAGUUAGUGAAGUCGCGACGUUUCAACUUAACUAAGCACAACACAUGCAGUUCUGACGUAAGAUAAAGUCAAGUAAAGAUUAGUUUGUUUGUUUUUUAUCGAAAGUGACCGAUUAAAAUGACCAGCUAGGCACUAUCACUUUGAUUGGACAACUCCGCAUUCGCGCCCUGCAUGUGUAACUGAGUCACAGGGUUUCUAUUUCUGAUAGCUGAACAUUGAACAUCUUGCUCCAAAUUUGAAACCUCAUAUGCAAAACUCUUCAAAAUUCUGAAUCAAUUUAUUAGCAAGGGCCAAGGGAUCAUGACUUGAUAAAAUUGGUGAAUAUUUAUUGAGAUUGUCCCUGUUCCAAAUAAUUAGGCUAGUUUUUGAAAUGCUCCCUAAAUUAUGCAAGUUUUUUUUUUCUUUUUUGCAGGCAUUUCAAAGUCAUUUAGAGACGAAUUACGGGCAAAUUUUAAAAACUACAUCUCAAACUGAUGAUGGUAAGUGAAUUUCAAAAAAUUUUCUUUUUCAUGAAGUGUAGAAGUCAUAUUAACACCAUUUACGUUCAAGCUCUAAACGUAACGUUUUCUAAUUAAUUCUGUUACUUUGACCAAUGAAAUUAACAUGUUUGAUGCAUGAAAUGUAAACAAUUCGUAACGUCAACUGAAACGUUUUGUUACUUAUUUUGGCGCGUUUACUGAUUUUAUGAUAAAGAUUUACCAGAUAUAUAACUUAUCCCAAACUUGCUAACUUUAAAUAUUUCCAUUUUUAUAUGCAAACGUACAAAACAUUGUAAUUAACGUAAAUGGUAGUAUUCCAUGCGGGAAACAAAGUUUAGUUAAAAUUACAGCAUCAUAACACAGCAUAAUAUUGAGUUAUUAUAUGUAAAACAGCUUUAAUAUACAGCACCUAUGUUUAACAUUUAUUCGGCGAAGUGGAUGUAUAGUGUAGGUUAUUCACUGUAACUCGAUUUUGUUACCGUAUUUGUUACCCAUAAUUACAGCAUUUGUUACCCAUAAAUUUGACUCGUAUUUGUUACCCAUAAUUAAUCUCUAGAGUUAUAUUGAAAUUGAAUUGGUUUUUUAGGCAUUAAAGUAUAAAAUAAGUAAUUGCCUGAAUUUGCUGAUCUUGAUUUUUUUAUUUUCCCCAUCUAGAUGACCAAUCACUGUUGACAUGUUUUGUUGAAUUCACAGAUCCAAAUAAUGCCAGAAGGUAUGUGAUACUGUAUAUUGUCACAUUGUGUUUUACACUAAACAAUGAUUUAUGAUUACAGGGUUAAAUGCAUGGUAGAUCAGAGUUAAAAAUAUGGCAAUUUGUGUGUGUUGCUUAGGGUGUGUACUUUGUAAAAACGUUUUCUGUAAAACUGAUAGUUAUAGCCAUUCGUCUCUGCAUCAAGUAUAUACCCUUCUUAUGAAAUAAGACCCUUCUGAAAGAAACUUUGUGGUACCAUGGAUAAUAAAAUAAAUGGAUAGGACUCUAGCUGACGUAAGCAAAAACAACCUAGUUGCAAUCUGUGACGUCACGCGUAUUGCAAAGUUCUCGGCAUUUUUGUUGUCUCGCUAGACUUUCCGCUUUAAAAGAGUAAUAUUGAAGCAUGAACUUGUCUAAUUGUUUCAAAAACACGCCUAAGCCACGACAAAGUAUUCAAGGUAAAUGUUUUUCGUCUUUGUUUUGUAUUUUUUUACAUUUGUAGCUACGAAAUUGACGUCCCCAAUUUUAACGAAAUUUGGGAUGCAUUUUUCACUGUUUAGUGCUUGAAAUAUUUGCUAAACUUGACUGGGAAUACUUAGAGAUUUCAUUGUAGAAUGGCGUAGUUAUAUUCAUUUGCUCUUUGACUAAAAUAUUUAGCUGUAUUAUUGCUAAACAUGCCGUUUUUGAGAAUUUGGUUUGCAACUAGGUUUCAACAUCCAAUCACGCCAUCAGUCCAUUGAAAACAUUAGGUCACGUCAGCUAGUUUCCUAUCCAUUUAUUUUAUUAUCCAUGGUGGUACUGACUAUAUAAUUCAUAAAUGCACUGAUACAUAUGUACAGUACAGGCAUACAUCACGUAGUUGAUUAUAAGCUGGUCCUAACUUUCCAUGGUGGCCGUGAGCUAGACUGCAGCACCUCCCCAAAAAUGUUUUCAAGCUCCUCCACCAUUUCCACCCAAAUUCUGCCUUGCAGUGAAAUAUUAAAUGCGGCUACGUAAUACAAGGUUUGGGAAAUUUGCAAACAGUAUUUAUCCUCACAGAGAUUGAAAAGAUAUACAAUAAACUGAAAUGAAAAUGUUUUUGUUCUGUGUAUUUACAUUUUGCUAUAAGCGUACAAUCGUCAGGUUUACGACUUUUACCUGUACAAUUUGGCAUACAUGCAUGUACAAAAAAUAUUGGACUGAUAACAACUAUUUUUAAACUUUAGGGCUGCCGAUGAUUUGAAUGAUAUGGAUUUUGAUGGUAGUAGAUUAGAGGUAAGUACAGUCUUUACAUGUUUUAAACGGCAAGGUGCAAAAAGUAUGUAGGAAACCUUUACAUUAGGGAUUGAUCAUAAUUAUCAACAUGCUGAAUUGUUGUGUCAAUCAGUUGGCUAAGAAACUGACAACAUUGGCCAAAUUGAUUACAAGAUUUGAACAUAAAUUGUGAAAUGAAUUAUGUAUGGAUACCCAAGGAGCUUGUUGGAACAUGUAUUGAGAAAUAUGGUAGAUAAUAUAUGAAAGUUAUGUGGAAACUGGAAAAACUGGUAAAGUGGAUGCCCAUGAUGAUGAUGCUGUCAUUGUUACAUACUGCGUAGACUGAUAAAGAUAAUUCUUUUCGAUAAUUCACACCCAAAACUGCCCAGAAAACUAAUGGCCUUAGUUACCCAUAUGAAAAAAUCCAAUUGGCAUUCGAUCCAGAUGGAAUUUGGCCUAAGGGACUGGUCAUAAAGUAACUGCUAGGGUGGGCUGGAGGUAAAUAAAAAAUUUUGCCAAUAAGUUUGGUCACCCAUCUUAAGAUGUAGAUAAAAAUUUUAAAAGCCCAUCUAAUCUUACAAAAAAAUUUUCAUGACCCACCCAAUCUAAAUUGGGAAAAUACAUUUUUAUAACAAAAAAAACUUGCAGGUAUGAACAUUGUAAAUAUACACCGGCACUGUAUUGACAUACAUAAUUCCGCCAAGCUUGACCAACACAUUCAUCAAUUACGAUAAUGAGCUGCUCUCCAGUUGGUUGUAUUUGCUGUGAUUCGACCAUUUUUUUUUGUUGUAUAAACAAAGUACUGGCUUCAAUAGCACCAUUUGUGUUUGAUAAUUUGGAUAGUUUUGUUUACUUUUAUUAUUAAUAUCUUUAUUUUUUGAAGUGCAGUAGAUAUGCAUGGGUUUUUGUUUGGUGGCCCAACCGUGGACAUACAAAAAAAUUGGCUGCCCAUCGAAACUGCCCAAAGAUUUUCCAUGGCCCAUCCUAAAUCACUCCAGUCCACCCUAGCAGUUACUUUAUGACCAGUCCCUUAAAUUUCCAAUUGCAAUGAUAUUUUCCGUUGUAAGUUCAAUGUAUUCCAAUUUGAAAUUUUAUGUUCCUGUUGGGACUCCAAAUACUACUGGGCGUAAAAAAAAUACCUGUGGUUCCGGGUUCAUAUCGCGAAAAAAUUAGGGUCGAUAGGUCGGAAAUAAUUUUUUUUUUGAAUAUUUUUUUCAUGGUUUUUUCAAUAAAUAGUGUGACAACAGACACCAUUUUGGCAGCAGCCCGCAACCACCCGGAGAAAAUAGGAUCGCACGGUCAAUCGCAUUGAAAAAAUAAUAGGGUCGGCAGAAAAAAAUCGGGUCGGUCAGGAACCGGAACCAAAGGUAUUUUUUUUACGCCUAAGUUUCAAUACAUGGAAUUCGAGCGACUUUUUAAUAGAAAUUUCUUUUUGAAUUCUAAUUGGAUUUUUUUGUAAUGGUAAGCUAGAGUAUACACCUAAAAUAUUCUCACUGUCACAUGUUUAGUGCGUAACUACAGUAAAUUGUGUCAAUGCAUAAUUGUCCUUCGUUUGUUGUAACUCAGCUAGCUUGUAUUGAAGAUGAUUCCCAACCAAUGUAUGAUGACACCACUAAGCAACGAAAUCGACAAGGUGGCAGAAACAGACCACGGUGGAAUCGACAAAAUAGUCAUGCUAAUAUGCCCUUAAGGUGUGUUAACUGUUAAAAUAUAUUUCAGAUGACAUGUGGUAGAUAUACAAGAAAUAUCCAGCAGUUACAUCUACCAUGAUAACAUGGACCGUGGUUUAAGUGUACAAAUGGCUGCACACACAACCAUGGUUGUAUGGACCAUGUAUAUAUGCGAUUACACAAAACCAGGGCUGCCAAGAGGAGAGGCGGGCGGGGAGCAGUUGUUCCCACGCCCCCGGUUCAAAGAGCCCCGCAAAGUGACGAAGGCCCUUAAAAUUUCUUGAUAUACAGUACCAGAUUAUUUGACCGAGAAUUAAAUCCUCUGUGCCGUAUAAUAUAUAUGCAAUAGAGAGUUUAAGCUUCGCGUUAUACGUUAUACGGCAAACGCCAGGCAAAGAAAAAUUUUACAGUAUCAGACAAGAAAGAGUAAGUGAACUGUAAACUUACUGUUUUAAAAUUAAAAUACAUAAUUAUUCUUUCGACGCAAGAAAGAAGAUAUGAAACGAAAACGUUCAACGAAAAUUUUGCCAAGAAUUAAGUUCGAACCUGCCGAUUGCCGUUCCUGGAAACGUGAAGCUUAAACUCCCUAAUAAAUGCAAUACUGUGAAACACCGCGCUUCUCCCGUUAACAGUUAUGACGUCAUAAGAUCCCUUGGAAAAUUUUAUGACGUCAUAGACCCCCUGAGAAAAGUUUCAUUAUUAUAUGGACCAUGAUUAUAUAGACCAUAGUUGGCAAUUAGGUCGCCGAAUGCCGACCGGAGUUUCAAUUGAUGUAAAUGGAUGCUAUUUGUUAAAAAAAAUGACAAUGGUUAGGGCAUCUAUGAAAUAAUUAUAUGACAUUCAUGAUAUUACAGUACUUUAAAUUAAUAGUCUCACGUGGGCUGUUUCUAUAGUACUAUUGUGCAACUUACUAUUAUGUGUUUCAGAAUUUUAAUUCCUGGUGACAUGGUUGGGGCUGUGAUUGGAAAGGGUGGAGAAACGGUCCGCAAAAUGUCAAAUAACACAAAUGCAAGGUACAGUGUAAGCACAAUGAUCACCUUUUAUUUUCAGUGUUAUUCCUUUGUGCUAGGGGUGCACCGGAACCAAUUUUUCAAGUUCCGGCCGGAACCGGAUCCGACUGGAACUGGAAAAAAGUUCCGGCCGGAACCGGAACUGAUUUAUUAAGCCAUAUAUAGUCAUAUGUUACCUUGUCCACUGCCAGACAGGCAGACACUUCAAGUCAUCAAGGAGAGAGCUCGUAAAUGUUAGAAUAAAAAGAUUGACAAAUGUUAAACGUCAUAAUGAAGUGUUAAUAGUGUACAUUUCCCUUGCGUAGUCCACAUUUCUUCCUACUGUGACCUUUUGCUACACAAAAACGUCUGAUAUUCUAUCUCUCUGAAAACAACAGAGUUCCGGUUCCGGCCAUGCUUUUUUUAUUAGUUCCGGCCGGAACUCCGAAAAAUCGGGGUUCCGGCCGGAACUAACUGGCCGGAACCGAGUUCCUGUGCACCUCUACUUUGUGCUGUAAUCAUGUGGCAAUUUUAGAGGCCUGAAUUGAACCUGCGGUCUGGCAUUUGCGGUGUAUUUGCACUCUUAACCAACUGAGCUACAGAGUCUGGUUGUCGAGCUCCAACCACAAGUUCUAUAUAUAUUCAGCAUGAUGGGUGAUGCCAGUAUAAGAUAUGGGUAAAUAUCGAGAUUUCUGGGCAUCUCGCUCGAUAGAAUUAAUAGUUAAUUGAAGGGGUUUUUUGCAGAUUGAAAUUUCGAACGGAAUUACAAAUAUUUAAAAAGGAGGAAAAUUUCUUUAAAAGGAAGAACAGUUAGUAAUUAUGUGCCAGUGUUGGAACCAUGCCACUUACUGUACGUGUGUUAUACGUAUGUGUAAAAACAUGCAGGUUAUUCCUCACCAUGGACAGGAAGCUACUGAGUAGUUUUUCACAGGUAAUGAUAAUCAUUUCAGUAUAUUAAAAAAAUACGAAAAGCAACCGGACAAAAUCUUAAAUUUUAAUAAAAACAGAUAAAAAUAUACAUUUCAUGUUCAGAAAAUUUACAAAUAUAUACUACUACAUACUACUUUAUCAUUAUGGUUAGCAUUUGAGGAGGAUGUUUUUAUUUCUGUUUAUAUACAAAAUACAAUUUCCUUUUGGAAACUAAACUGUUUACCCUCCCAAUAAAGGAAUGACAACAAGGUCUAUAUAUACAGUAGUAUAAUUUAACAAUGCUACGUGUAACACUUACAUACUGAAAGCCCUGUAAAAGAGGUUUUUUAGUAGUACUUCAAACAAAACCAAAAUAGCUGCUCAAAACAUAUGUAUGUGUAAUUAUUAUAGAAUUCUAAUGGAACCAUGGAGGUUCCUCAAGUACGACCGACCACUUUCACGUAACGGAUUAUAUCAUUCCUGCUUCAUCGGAUGGGACAUGUAGAAUAAAAAAGUAUGAAAGCAACUUCACCUAUUAACAUUCACUGAAAGCAACUUCGCCUAUUAACAAUUAAGGACUGCAUGUUUGAUAAUUGAUGCCGUGUCCAUUCGUAAGCAGACCCUAUUGAAUACUGAAAAGGAUCAGUAUUCUGGAUUUGUUGAUCUUGGGGAUGCCAUGCCAAAUUUUAAGUUGGAGAAACUCGCUUUCGAGGCAUUAGUCUUCUGGUUGGAACAAGAAGUCACUGGAAAUGUCCCAUUGGAUAUUGUUAUAGCAGAUAUAAUUACCGCCAAAGACCAAGCGACGGUGCAUGCUAUCUACAUCCUUGGAAAUGGCAGCAAAGGCUGGUUUAAAGUCUGGUCUGUGACAGCAAAUGGCUGGGCAGUCAACCUUAGAACGCUGGAAAUACUUGGUUAUAACUUUGUGAACAGUUGUGAUGCGAUGAGAACUUCAUUUAUUCAUCCAACUACUAGUGCAUGAAGAAGUCUAUAUGUCAUUCUUCAUCCUUGCUAUAUGCUUACAAUGACCCGUAUUGCUCUGGCAACCUUUGGACCUUUGUUGGUGGUGAGGGAAAUUGAUCGACACAGGCUGAAUAAACUUAUUUUGUUCAAUAGUCAAUAACUUUGUUGUACUAUGUUAAAACACGGUUGAUAAUAAAAAAAACCUGACUUGUUGAUCAAAUCUUCUGAAGUUCUAUUCGCACAAAUGCACGCGUAACUUGUCACCAAAUUUGUUUCGAUAUAUAUAUAUAUAUAUAUAUAUAUAUAUAUAUAUAUAUAUAUAUAUAUAUAUAUAUAUAUAUAUAUAUAUAUAUAUAUAUAUAUAUAUAUAUAUAUAUAUGGUGUCCUUGUUUUUGCACAAUUUUCCUCGGUUGAGUUUGUAGAUCAUCCUUUUGUACUUCCAACACAAAAUACAUUUUAAAACCAUCAAAAUAAGUAACAAUUUUCGCUUGCCAUUGCAUUUAAAAUUCAGUUCUAUUCAGCCAUGUAUGACAUGUCUUUUCUUGAAAUACAACUUGCUUCGCCCCCUGCAGUGAUCUCGCGAGGGAACAUAAACACGCGUGAUCGCAUCUCUAGACACGGGUAUCUUCUAGACACGGGUAUCUGGGGAUCAGAUUUUUCAGGCUUCAAGAAAAAUAUAAGCCGUUUAUCUGAAAGUAGCGUUCCAGUUACAUUCAUUUCAAUGACAGUGAAUACCUCUGGUAAGCGCACUGGACAUUUUGAUGACGAAUCACUGUGAAUCAUGGCGUGGCGGCGCUUAUUUGCUGAGUCGGACUUCAUUGUGUCUCUAUUCUGUGUUGCAGUAGCCUGCGCGCAGUCUCAUGACAUUAGUAACUUAAAUAGAGAUUAUAAAAGAAUAGAGUGGGCAUUGCAGAAAAAUCUGAUGGGAGCAAAUAACGCUCUCUGAUCGGCAAAAUCUCGUUGGCCCGGAUGUUUAGGAGGAGCAUAAAGUUACGAAAAUUGUUUUCUUCGACACGUCUUUAUCGUUUUCUACGAUAUAAAACAUAAAUUCCUCAAUUUUUCGCCACAAAUGAAUGUAAAACAGACAGGACUGUUGGUAAAACCAGGAUUGAAUACUUGAAUUGUAGCGAAAAGAUAUGAAAUAGAUUUUCUUGGUUAAAGGUUUUACAUCCGGGUAUAAUUCAAAUUUGCCCCCAUUUAUUAGCAAGCUUCAAUUUGUUCCUUUCGCUUUCCUGGACGUUUUCUGCAAUGCCCACUCUAUUAUUUUAUAAUCUCUAUGGUAACUUAACCAUACGCUUAUGUUUAUCUUUUAUAGAAUUGAUGUACAUAGAACUGUUAAUAUAAAUGGAUUUAAGGUUUGAGCAUUGCAUGCACAUACUAUAUACAUGUGUUACAUGGCCCAGAAUUUAAUUUGUUAUUAGUCUGUAAAUGCUAUACACUGUACAUAUUGUGAUGUCCAAAUUAGGGUUGGGCGAUAUUUCGAUAUUUUGAUUUAUCGCGAUAUUUUCAAUCGCGAUUAUUGUAUCGAAGGUAGAAACUUGAGCGACGAUAUAUCGAAAUUAUCGUCAUGCUCGAUGACUAUCGUGAUAUUGCUUCGCAUGUGUAUAAUGCUUUUAUAAAAUCCUAAAAAAAUUCUUUCAAUUCCUAGAAAAUAUAGUUUUUAAAAGAAUUAAAACUAUUUCCUGAAUUAAAUACGAAUUCGAUACGAUAAAAUGAAAUGAAAUUGAAGGCAAAACAGCGAAUGAAAUCACAGGCGAACCAGCGGAGACAUAGUAGACACUGCAUAGACAGUUCUGGUUUAUGAACAGUAAAUAUUAGACUAGAAAAAGCCUUCAUAUUACUUUAAUUUGUUGUUUUACUUGUUUUUAGUAAGAAUGUAUAAAAGCUUACUAUCCCUAGAUAUUAAUUAAAAUUUAAAAUUGAAAAAUGUGGUCAUUGUUUUUAUUGCAUUUAUCGCGAUAUUAUCGAAUAUCGUGAUAAUUUCCUUGACAAUAAUCGUGAGAUGAUUUUUUAAAUAUUGCCCAACCCUAGUCCAAAUUGCUUGUAUUUUCAGCCUGUGACGAUUACAGGACAGACAGACAGACCUGCAGAGAAUUGUAGUGCAGCAUUCCGAGAAAUACACCAGAAACUUAUCGAAGAAACAGAAAAGAAGUCUGAAGGGUGCGUGAUGCAAUGAAGGUUUUUUGUACAAUUUAAUAGUGUAGAAAUAAUGAACGUUUUAAUUCUUGCGAUAUUAAUUUUUCAUUCGUACAUGCAACGGGAAAAAAUAUUUUCACGAGGUGGAAGAUUAUAUGUUUGACGUUAUAUAAGUCAAUGUUAUAAACAAAUACAUACCUGACUUGCAUGUAUAAUCUUCAAAACGUUUUACAGCGUUCUUCUUUUGAGUUCCUUACUCAUUUGGAAUUUUCUUAAUUAUGGAAUUUUCUUAAUUACCUUCGCAAAUUUGAAAAACUCGUGCAAAUCCCUUAUGGGAAUUUGCAAUGUUCUUAUCGGCUGUUGCAAUAUUCCAAUGCAGAGAAACUUCCUUUUAAAUUUUCCUAACUUGCUGUUUUAAUUUCUUGACUUCCUGUUUUGUUCUGAGCGCUGUCAUUGGGGUGGAUCAUUUUUGUUAGCCGAUUAUAUACAGCGCACAAAACAGAACAGAAAGUUAGGAACUUGUAACAGGAAGUUAAGAACUGGGGGAAAAUUUAAUUGACUUUUAGCAAUAUUGCAAAUUCCCUCAAUAGAUUUGCAAGGGAAUUUUUCAAAUUUGGAAAGGUAAUGGGGAAGGUUGCAAUCAAGUUAAGAAAUCGAAAGAGGAACGCUUGACGUAGUUUACCUGUAAUGAAGAAUUGACAUAAUAAUCGUAUUGGUUUAACUCGGCAUUAUUGCAACCAAAAUAUUUACACCCUCCAGGCCGCCACAAUCACGAUAAGAUUAGGAUUUUGACGGAUGGAAUUUAAUGAAUACUAGACCCUAUAGUAUAAAAUCCACGUCGGGUUUUCCAUCACGUAAUCAUCAUCAGCCAAUUGAAUAACGACAAUUUAAUAAGUAAGGUGUUACAUAAUUUUAAUUGUGAUGGCUACCUUAUAUCACCACUAAUAAUUCCAAUAUACCAUGAAAAUAUCAGUUGCUAAGUGAAAUAUUUUGGAAAAUUGAUUGAAAAUUGAGCUUAUGCCAUAACACUGUUUUCCACGUUUAUAGAGAGGAGCCGACGAGUGUACCAAUGAGAAUGCUGGCACCUGAUUUGCUGAUGGGAAGAGUAAUUGGUGAGUGUCAACGUUGUGUUCUUGUGGAGUAUAUACUGUACAUAUUCAAAUACAGUACCGUACCAUAACUAUAUGUUCGAAUUGUUCAAGCAUAUAUGGAGUAUUAACGUAUUUCAAUUUAGGGAAAGGAGGUAGAAAUUUAAAAGAAAUUAAAGUAAAGACAGGAACAAAAAUAGAUGCCACGAGGUAAGUAAUUUUGAGAAGAUUUACAAAAUACAUCACGACAAUGCACGUCAAUGGUUUUUGAUUCGCUAAAAUACCAUGUUUUAUUGUAUGUAAUAUAUAUACAUAGAUAGACAUUUUUAGUAGGAUCCUUGUUAAAAAAAUCAAUAACGGUUGAGCAAUUGCGAUUGUUCCUGUAACCCGUAAAAGGGUCAAGGUGGCGCCAUAUGAGGGAAAAGGUGGCAUAUUGCACUUGUCAUAUCUUCGGAACGAGUUCGGUGACCCCAACUUUAUUUUCUGUUUUUACCAUGAGCAUAUCAUAAACUUCACCCCUGGGAAGUUUCAGCAAAUUCCCAUUUGCAGAACAAUUACUGAUGAAUCACCUUAAGCCUGCAACCAUAUACAAUACAAUAUGACUUCUGCGUUCUGAAGUUCCCAGACCUGCCGAAAAUCUCUCCUCAGGGCUCAUUGUACUUCAUUAAGGCAGAAGAUGUAGACAAUGAAGACAUGUGUUCAGGGGGAUAUAGACACCCGAGAAUUAGUUAGACGGCUACGAGGGCUUUUGUUGAAUGCUUCGUUAGUAUGCUCUAUUGCUCUAUAUAGAGAAUACUAAUGAUCACAUAAACUCGCUGUAAUUGCUAUGAAGCUCGCUAUGAGACAGUUUAUGGGAUAUUGACCGCUGAAAUACCGCUGAGUGUGUGUUAUCAUGUUCCAAUAAUUCUUAAUAAUUCUUGUCACAUUUUUGCAUUUCAUGAUGAAAUUCACAAACCUGUUUCUAAACUAAGCAUUUGAUUGGCUGCUCUUUCUCUAGUAGCCAAUCAGAGGCUUUGUUUACAAACUUGGUUGCGUGAAUUGGAUUACGGUAUGAACUUCUGAACUCCACAACGAAUUUGGGAAAUUGGAAAUGAAGUUCGGAACAUUUCAAUGAAAAGUAGUGGAGAUCGAUUCCGUUCAGGUAGAGCGAGUUUUAAAACUUAAAAUUACAUCUAUAUUUUAGAGAUCCUGUCACACCAGUUUUUAACGAAAGAAUAAUUACUAUCGAGGACCCUAGUUUCGAGAAUCCCGUUGAAAAAUGUAGCAACGCUGAGGAAGAAAUCAGUCGAAUUCUACGGAAGAGUUAUCAAGAUGAUUUGAAUAACAUGGCCAAUAUGAAUGGCCGCAUGGCUCAGGUAAGAAAACAUAAGUUGAAUAAUCAGGGACGCCGGAAAGUCGAUAAUUGGGGGGGGGCAGAUAUUCAUAUAUUCAUGUUCUGCAUCAUUUAUUUCCUUUGAAAGCGACUGUUUUUACAGUCUGUGAACACGAAUAUAUGAAUAUCUGCCCCCAAUUAUCGACUUUCCGGCGUCCUUGUGAAUAAUGACUUCUCGCUUGCCAACCUAUCUGUGCUUCAUUUAACACGUAGAGUAAACCACCUAUACAGUGUAAAGCACUAUACUACAGUACCUUAAUUGGCUACUAUCGAAGUUUCUGUGAUCUCAGUAGGAAUUUUGUCUUGUUCCAGAGUAGAAACUGAUUAUUACUGAGAAAGAGACUGGUUCGAGGAACUGCAGGGGCUCGGACUCCCCGAAUAUGUACAAAACGAAAGUAACUUUAUAUUUUUAAAUUUUUGUUUAUGUUAAAUUUCACGUCUGUUUUCCGUAUAUUUUGCGAAUUAAAUAAGUUUAAAAACAUGGUCCUUCGUGUCGGAUUAAGUGUUAAUACACAUGCUGAGAACAGCAAUGGGUCUAACGAGAGUGGGUCAAGUUUGGGGUCCACAUGUAAAGUUCAAGUUAGACUGCCAAAGAUUGAAUUACCAACAUUUGAUGGGGAUAUAUUAUGUUGGCAGUCAUACUAUCAGUCUGUUAAAGUGUCCAUUGUGGAUAAUAGUGCUUUAGCUGAUGUGCAAAAACUAGAGUACAUUAUGCGAUCACUGAAGGGUGUAGCUGCUGAGUCGGUUAAGGGAUUUUCAAUAGUGGCUGAGAAUUAUGAAUCUGUUUUGUCAACUCUGAAGGAAAGAUUUGGUCAUUCAAGGUUGAUCUUGGAUGCCCAUAUGAGGGGUUUGAUCCAUUUACCCAGAUUGAGUGCUGAAGAUGCAACAUCUAUGAGGGUGUUUUAUGAUAAAGUAGUCGGGCAUGUUCGCUCGGUUGAGUCAAUGGGAGAGAAGUAUAGCUCUGAAACCUUGGCACCAGUAUUGGUUCCUUUGAUUGUUGAUAAGCUACCAAAAAAAACUUGUGGAAAAGUGGGAGCUUGAAAUUGGAGAUAAGAAAGAGGACUGUUUGCCUAUAAAAACACUCUUUACUUUCUUAGAGCAAGUCAUAAGGGCAAAGGAAUCUAGUACACAAGCCCCUAAUGUAGAAUCCAAACCUCCAAAGAAUAUUUCUUUGAAGGAAGGAUUUCACAAAAAUCCAUCAUUCAGAAGGUCUUCAACAUCAGCGUUGUGUUCGUCUACUCAAACUCAAGAAAAAGGAUCACAAUGUGUGGUCUUGCAUUAAUUUCCUUUCAUUGACAGUGAAAGAGAGAUUCCGGAAAGUUAGUGCUAAAGGUCUGUGUUUCCUGUGUUUGGAAGGUGGUCAUAGGUCGAACAGCUGUAGUCGAAAGACAUUGUGUAAGCAUUGUAGAGGUCGUCACCAUCACCUUCUCCACACAGACCAGCUGCCCCCAAAUAGAACACAUCCAGACAAGACUGAAGCCACAGAAGGUCAGUCUGCAAGUCAAGAGGAUGCAUCAAAGAAUGUUUCAAAGAAUGUAACAGCCAAUUCAGUUGGAACUGAUGACAUUGGAAAGGUGAUUCUACAAACAGUCCCAGCUGUUUUGUGUGGUUCUAAUGGGAACUCAAAGGUUGUUCGCUGUUUUCUUGAUUCAGGUUCACAAACCUCCUUUAUAA